AUGUACAUUCUUAGAAUCAGAACUAAUCAGACAAAAUGCUUGAUCUCUCAGGUUAAUCAUAACGGAGCCUUAUCAAGACGAUUUUUCUCAAGAUCCGUAUGUUGUUGCAAGCCUAUCGUCCAGAUCAAAGAUGUCCAACAGUUGCCGCACAAAAUCUCACCCACAUACACAAAAGAUCCUUCAACUGCUCCUAAAAAUACCCUAUACCACCUUUCAUGGCCCAAAGACCAACAUCCUCGCAACGUCUUUUUGGUCAAGAAACCAUGGCAGCCCCACGUUCGUCAGGCCAUGGUAGACUUUAUUCUAUUCCUCGCCCAAAAAUAUCCAAAAGUCAACGUUAUUGUUGAGCCUGAUGUUGCAGAAGAAAUAGAGCCAGACUUUGCCUUUGUCAAGCAACCAAACCUCCCGUCCUCCAUUUCUCUUUACACAACAACUGCAGACUUAAAUCUCCAACGAAUUUAUCACAAGUCCGAUCUGCUAGUGACUUUUGGCGGUGAUGGAACUAUUCUUAAGGCUGUUUCCAUGUUUUCUUCCGUCCAAGCUGCUAAGUCAACUUCCUCCACUACCAAUACAAACCUCGUUGCGGUCCCUCCACCUGUUCUCUCCUUUUCCCUCGGUACCUUGGGAUUUCUCAUGCCUUUCCAUAUUACAGAUGCUCAUUCCGUUUUUGCUAAAGUCCAUGAUGGUACUGCUCCUGUCAUGCACCGCCGCAGACUCAAAUGCUCCGUGUAUAAAGACGCACGUACCCAUAAGGUCUGGCCCACAGGUGUGCCUCCCCCAGUUUUUGCUAAUCCUUCUUCCGAUCCCACUGCUUCACUAGAACAACAACAGCACACGGCCUCGGUCCCAGAAUCAGUCACAUUUGCAAUGAACGACAUUAAUAUACAUCGUGGGCCAGAUCCCCAUCUAACAUACCUCGACAUUACUGUCAAUGCUCACUAUCUAACCACAGCCAUUGCCGAUGGUGUGAUUAUUGCAACACCUACAGGCUCAACUGCAUAUUCGCUUUCAUCUGGUGGUUCUAUCAUCCAUCCGGCCGUCCCUUGUACCCUCAUCACACCCAUUUGCCCGCGCUCGCUAUCUUUCCGACCCCUUGUUUUCCCUGGAGACUCUACUAUUGAAAUCGCAGUCUCUCCACUAACCCGUGGUCAGUCGACCGAAAUCUCCAUCGACGGCGCAAAUAAAGGCGUCUUGAGUCCUGGAGACAAAAUUGUUAUUGAGCCAGAAGAUGAUGGCCCUGUGCCGGGGGCUCAUUCAGGUAUCUGGUGCGUCGCAAAGUCUGCAGGCGACUGGAUCGGACAUCUCAAUGGUCUUUUGGGCUUCAACUCAAAGUUUGGAGCAAAACCCUGA